AUGGACCUCCCGUCAGAGUUGCGCCUCAUGAUCUACGAGCGUCUUCCCCGUCAGAUCAAGCAUACCGAGGUUCGCUACGUAGGCGCAGCAGCGUGGCCCCGUCAGGACGAGAGCGUGGAUUCAACAGUCAUCUUGAUCACACGUCACCUCCCAGUGGCUAUCUUGAGAACAAGCCGUCAAAUCCAUGACGAGGCGUUUGAUAUCGUCACAGCUCUGGUUCAAACCUUUGUGACAGAGUCGCACCCGCGGGCCAUAGGCCGUGAGGACAAUGGGGGAGCGCUGAGAGUACUUGAGUUCCUGAUCGUGACUGAGCGUAAAGCGCUUUUGACCGGUCAGCCUUACCAUGUGAGCGACAUCAUUCAGCGACACCCAGACCUUGUCUCCCAUCCUUGGGAUACCAGACGACCGCGCGACAUUGCAGUUCUCCUUGGCCAGACUACACUAGCAAAAACGCCAGAUACCAGGAUUUGGGUUGCCAAAAUUGCUACAGUACAUUUCGAGAAGCAGGAGAACGUGAUGGACAGGCUGCGUGCGCAGCAUUCCUUGAACAUCGCCCCUGGCCCCCAUAGAACUCCUCCGAGCGUAUUAGAGUUUUUUCGACGGGAAUAUGAGUCUGGUCUCGGCGUUCUCGUUCGUGGAACCUUCAAGGGUAUCCUCGCAUACGCUCCCAACGAAGAGUACAAAGUCACAGCAAACAACGUCCCUAUCAAACUCAACGUGGACAAGUUCGAUUUGGAUGGGACCUUGACCCUGGAGACUUGGAGGGAUUGA